AUGGGCUGUGUGAAUAGUACAGAUCAACACGCGAAGCUUCGUUCGAAGCAUAUCGAUGAACAGUUGAAAGCUGAUGGAGAACGUGCGGCACGUGAAGUGAAGCUAUUGCUGUUGGGAGCUGGUGAAUCUGGGAAGAGUACCAUUGUGAAGCAAAUGAAGAUCAUUCACGAGACUGGAUAUAGCGAUGAGGAACGAAAACAAUAUCGGCCGGUUGUUUUCAGCAACACUAUACAGUCAAUGGUGGCGUUACUUCGUGCAAUGGGUACGUUAAGAAUCGACUUCAAAUCGCCAAGUCGUGUUGACGAUGCGCAGCAGUUCUUCAAUAUCAGCCAAACUUGUGACGAGGGUGAGCUUCCACCUGAUCUGGCCAGCGUUAUGAAACGGUUAUGGGCAGAUGGAGGAAUCCAAGAAUGCUUCUUAAGAUCACGCGAGUAUCAAUUGAAUGAUUCUGCUCCAUAUUAUCUCAAUUCACUGGAACGAAUCGCCCAACCCAACUACAUACCCACACAGGAUGACGUGUUACGUACUCGAGUUAAAACAACUGGAAUUGUCGAGACUCACUUCACGUACAAGGAUUUGCAUUUCAAAAUGUUUGACGUUGGUGGACAGCGGAGCGAGCGGAAAAAAUGGAUUCACUGCUUUGAAGGUGUCACAGCCAUCAUUUUCUGUGUUGCAAUGAGUGAAUACGAUAUGGUCUUGGCUGAAGAUGACGAGAUGAAUCGCAUGAUAGAAUCUAUGAAGUUGUUCGAUUCAAUCUGCAACAACAAAUGGUUUACGGAAACUUCCAUUAUUCUUUUCUUGAAUAAGAAAGAUCUUUUCGAAGAGAAAAUCAAGCGAUCUCCACUGACGCGCUGUUUUCCUGAGUACACAGAUAUUCUUUGGCUUUUUUUCAGAUCACGCGAGUAUCAAUUGAAUGAUUCUGCUCCAUAUUAUCUCAAUUCACUGGAACGAAUCGCCCAACCCAACUACAUACCCACACAGGAUGACGUGUUACGUACUCGAGUUAAAACAACUGGAAUUGUCGAGACUCACUUCACGUACAAGGAUUUGCAUUUCAAAAUGUUUGACGUUGGUGGACAGCGGAGCGAGCGGAAAAAAUGGAUUCACUGCUUUGAAGGUGUCACAGCCAUAAUUUUCUGUGUUGCAAUGAGUGAAUACGAUAUGGUCUUGGCUGAAGAUGACGAGAUGAAUCGCAUGAUAGAAUCUAUGAAGUUGUUCGAUUCAAUCUGCAACAACAAAUGGUUUACGGAAACUUCCAUUAUUCUUUUCUUGAAUAAGAAAGAUCUUUUCGAAGAGAAAAUCAAGCGAUCUCCACUGACGCGCUGUUUUCCUGAGUACACAGGUUCAAAUUCUUAUGAAGAAGCAGCCGCUUACAUGCAGCUGCAGUUCGAGAAUAUGAAUAAGCGAAGAGACGGUCAAAAAGAGAUUUACACACAUUUCACGUGCGCUACGGACACCAAUAACAUUCGAUUUGUGUUCGAUGCCGUCACGGAUAUUAUUAUUCGUGAGAAUCUACGCCAAUGC